GUAACAACCUGCUGAAUGAGCUCUAAAGGGGACGCCUGGACGGAGGAGUCAAGAGAGAAAGCUUCUCAGACCAUAUGAAGAGAAAAUAUGACUUAAAAGCUGGAAAAGCUGAGAGACGAGGAGCAGAAACAGAGUCAAGAAAGAGAAGAACAAAGAAGGCAGAGGAAGAUAAAGAUCAGAAAAGCAGGAAAACUUAGAUAGAGAGACAUCAACAAGGAGGCGGAGCUUAUCGUUGCAACAGUGGGUGGAGUUAGAGGAGAUGAAGGGUUCUUACUCUCUUUGGGCAGUUGUCUUCCUGCUGAAGGCAGUCUCAGCCUCACAAACCUACUACACCCUCAGCCAUUUGGAGGCUAGCUUUGAUCAGGCCAUGGCUAGCUGUUUUCCUGGAGUUCUCACAACCACAAGCAGCAAGGAAGAAGUUCAAAAACUGCAUGAACUUCUAAACAAUUCUGUAACAUAUCAGGAGGAUGUGACAGUCUGGAUCGGACUGAAGAAGACAAACGAUGGAUGCAUCAAUCCAUCACUGCCGCUGAAAGGGUUUGAGUGGGUGGAGAACAUCACACAGGAGUCAGAGAUCCACACCUGGGUGGAGGAGCCGAAACUCACCUGUACAGAGACACUGUGCGCGGCUCUAAAAUGGAAGGGAGUCCGGUCCGGAGUCGAGUUGGGUCUUCUUCCUGUCUCCUGUAAAACCAGAUACCGUUAUGUCUGCAAGGUGAAGGGUGAACCACCAGGAAGGGAACCAGCUACUACAAAAUCUGUUGCAUUAGAACCAGAACUGAGACCAGAAACAGCUGCAACAUUCAAACCUGAACUAACUACAGCAGAACCAGGCCCAGCUUCACCAAAGCCAAACACUGAUGCCAGCCCUGGAUCUAGAACAAAACUAGAUUCCUGUCAGAGUCUUGAUGGAAUUGAGACAAACAGGUUCAAGAUUCGUUCCCUGUUUCUGGACCCUGAUAACCAAACCUGGGUCCAUGUACACUGCUGGUUGGACUUCAAACUGCACUUGUUCUGUACAGGUCAUCCUGUCGUUUGGAGACAGGUGGACGGAUCUCAGGCAGACUUCAGCAGCAUCUGUCACUGUGAGGAAGGUUUUCAGAGAAACGCUUCAGGACACUGCAUUGACAUUGAUGAGUGUGUCAGCAGGAAGCCCUGCAGGAGAACCUGCCUGAACACCAAAGGUUCCUUCAGGUGUGUCUGUGAGGAAGACUCUGAUGAAGACCCAUCCUGCAAAAACACAGCAAGCACUGAAGAGAAGAGCUCCAUGAUCCUCCUCCUGGUUCUCUUCCUGUUGCUACAGACCUGCUGGUGCCAACUGUGACUUCAUAAAUGCUGAACUGACUCUUGAUCUGGAUCGAGAAGACCUGAAAUCACACUAACAGUUUUCCUUCAUCAGACCAAUCAGAAGGAAGCAAAACAAGAGACCAGAGGUGUUCGGAGAGCUUCCAGACCAACAGCACCUGGAUGGUUUUGGUUGAAAUAGUUUGUUUAAUUUGAUCAAAUGUUCAAUACAGUGGAGUGAAAAAUUAUUUGCCCUCUUCCUGAUUUCUUAUUCUUUUGCAUGUUUGUCACACAAAAUGUUUCUGAUCAUCAAACACAUUUAACCAUUAGUCAAAGAUAACACAAGUAAACACGAAAUGCACUUUUGAAAUGAUGGUUUUUAUUAUUUAGGGAGAGAACAAAAUCCAAACCUACAUUGCCCUUUGUGAAAAAGUCAUUGUCCCCUGAACCUAAUAACUGGUUGGGCCUCCCUUAGCAGCAAUAACUGCAAUCAAGCGUUUGCGAUAACUUGCUACGAGUCUUUUACAGCGCUCUGGAGGAAUUUUGGCCCACUCAUCUUUGCAGAAUUGUUGUAAUUCAGCUUUAUUUGAGGGUUUUCUAGCAUGAACCGCCUUUUUAAGGUCAUGCCAUAGCAUCUCAAUAGGGUUCAGGUCAGGACUUUGACUAGGCCACUCCAAAGUCUUCAUUUUGUUGUUCUUCAGCCAUUCAGAGGUGGAUUUGAUGGUGUGUUUUGGGUCAUUGUCCUGCUGCAGCGCCCAAGAUGGCUUCAGCUUUAGUUGACGAACAGAUGGCCGGACAUUCUCCUUCAGGAGGUUUUGUAGACAGUAGAAUUCAUGGUUCCAUUUAUCACAGCAAGCCUUCCAGUUCCUGAAGCAGCAAAACAACCCCAGACCAUCACACUACCACCACCAUAUUUUACUGUUGGUAUGAUGUUCUUGUCUGAAAUGCUGUGUUACUUCUACACCAGAUGUAACGGGACAUUUGCCUGCCAAACAGUUCAACUUUUAUCUCAUCAGUCUGCAAGGUAUUUUCCCAAAAGUCUUGGCAAUCAUUGAGAUGUUUCUUAGCAAAACUGAGACGAGCUCUUUAUGUUCUUUUUGCUUAAAGAUGUUUCUUAGCAAAACUGAGACGAGCUCUUUAUGUUCUUUUUGCUUAAAGAUGUUUCUUAGCAAAACUGAGACGAGCUCUUUAUGUUCUUUUUGCUUAACAGUGGUUUGCGUCUUGGAAAUCUGCCAUGCAGGCCAUCUUUGCCCAGUCUCUUUCUUAUGGUGGAGUCGUGAACGCUUUAGAAGUUGUCCUGGGGUCUUUUGUGACCUCUCGGAUGAGUUGUCUCUGUGCUCUUGGGGUAAUUUUGGUCGGCCGCCCACUCCUGGGAAGGUUCACCACUGUUCCAUGUUGUCAUUUGUGGAUGAUCGCUCUCACUGUGGUUCACUGGAGUCCCAAAGCUUUAGAAAUGGCUUUAUAACCUUUACCAGACUGAUAGAUCUCAAUUACUUUAGUUCUCAUUUGUUCUUGAAUUUCUUUGGAUCUUGGCAUGAUGUCUAGCUUUUGAGGUGCUUUUGGUCUACUUCUGUGUCAGGCAGCUCAUAUUUAAGCGAUUUCUUGAUUGAAACAGGUGUGGCAGUAAUCAGGCUUGGGGGUGGCUACAGAAAUUGAACUCCAGUGUGAAAGACCACUGUUGGAUUAUUUAAAAGGGGGCAAUUACUUUUUUCACACAGGACAAUGUAGGUUUGGAUUUUGUUCUCUCCCUAAAUAAUAAAAACCAUCAUUUCAAAACUGUAUUUUGUAUUUGCUUGUGUUAUCUUUGACUAAUGGUUAAAUGUGUUUGAUGAUCAGAAACAUUGUGUGACAAACAUGCAAAGAAGAAAUCAGGACGGGGCAAAUUGUUCACAUCACUGUACAUGUAAAUAAAAAGGAUGACUUUGAGCUCAUGAAUCGGUGCAGCUUUGAUGAUCAAACACAACGAUGCAAAGCCAGAUCGGUCAAGCCUUCAGUAGCUAUAACUGUUAUAAUGGAGAUGAUUGUGGGCUUACAGCUGAUGAAAACCCACAUCUCAGUCAAUCAGAAUAUUGUGAAAAGGUUCAAUAUUCUAGACUCAAAGUGUCACACUCUAAUCAGCUGAUGACUCCAGAACACCUGAAGAGGGCUCCUGAGCCUUUAGAUGGGCUCUCAAGAUGACUUACUGAACUAUUGCACCAUAUUAAAAUUUUACUAAUACAUUUUUACAAAAUAAAAUAGUAUUGAACACCA